UGCCACCACUGCUGGGGAGCUACAUGGAACCAGAUACUGCUGACAAACUGAAUUCUCUAAAUGUCUCAUUGCAAGAAGUGGAAAGUACUAUUUUUCAUCUGCAAACCAAGAUAUUUGCGUUCAAGGGAAAGCUUGAACUCUGGAAAACAAAGAUCAAAACUGUAUUGAGCAUUCCAUUCCAAUUGUUAACUGACACUAACAAUGACACAGAAUCUGAACAAUUGAGUUUUGUGAAGCCAAUCAAGAAUGUCCUGACUUCUCUCAGAACCAGUUUGAAUAAAUAUUUCCCUGAAGAAAAUGCACCCCUGCAUGGAUUAUCCAGUGACCUUGUCCCAUCUUUCAAAUGACAUUGAGGAGAAGCUGGCUGAACUUCAGAGUUCAGUUAGGACCCUGGAAAUUCAAAUGUAAAAAGACUUUGUGGGAUUUUUGGUUGAAAGUUGGCUCAGAAGAUCCAGCUUUGUCAAAGUUGCAAUCACAGCCCUUUUGCCAUCUUAUUUGUGUAAAAUUGUAUUCUCUGUGCUGGCGGGACUAAAACAAAGUGCUAUUCAAGGCUGGAAGUGGAGGAGAACCUUUGAGUGUUAGUUUAA